AUGGAUUCCUCUACUGAAGAGGCGAACAGCUCCGAACCUGGCUCUCCCGCGAGCAGCCACACUGUCAAGAGAGGUGCCUCUUCAAGCGACCACUCCACUCUCGAGUCGUCCGAUGAGGAUCAACCUUUCAAAGACGUUGUCAAACGGGCUCGAAAGGCAAGCAAGCGCAACAUCGAACGCAUCACCUCGCUCGAGGGAGCCACAGUCAUCUUCGCGCCACUGGAGCGGGAAUCGAAUCUAGCUAAGCUCAACCACUUAAAGCUCUCGCAAUUCCUCACUUCUGAGCUCCCCGGGAGAAUUAAGGAGAUUCGGCCGAAUCACGCUAAGAACAUUAUAGCGGUAGAUGUUGUUGCCCCUGCUGCGAAAUUAGCCCUCCUGCAGCUGAAUCGCAUAUGUUCCAUUCCUGUCCGUGCCUAUGAGCCCCGCCCGUUCAACUCAUGCUAUGGCGUCCUUUUGGGAGUUGAUACCUCCAUCUCCGACAGCCAAAUUAUGGAGGCCAUUAAGUCCGACCCUCCUCUAAUAGCAGCCAGAAGAAUAAGACGGGACGCUGGUGCGGUGAGGCUAACGUUCCUUGGGCCGAAACCUCCUAAGCGUGUCAGCUUUCACCUCCUGACCAUGCAAGUUCGUGAGUACCUACCGCGCACGGUUCAGUGCAACAACUGCGGAUCCUCCCACGAGAGCCCGAUGUGCCCUGAAUCUGAACCCACUUGCAUAAACUGCAAAGGACGUCAUGUCGCCACAUCAAGGGACUGCCCAUCCCUAAAGUUGCAACGACACAUCGCAAGGGAACGCUCUCGCUCCAAUAGCAGCUACCGAGAGGCGAAGGCGGAAGAAGGCGUAACGGCCCCAGGAAAACGAAGACUAUUACCAACUGGGUGA